AUGGCGCGCAUCAUCGGUGAAACAGCAGACGCAGACAACUACACAGCCAUUGCCCACGACUACAUCACCCGCUGGAUCGACCUAGGCAUCAACAAGGCCGAUAACCCGCCUCACUCUAUUCUCAACUAUGGUAACGAAACCACCCACGGCCUCCUCUACAACUUGUACAACGACCGUCUCCUCGGACUCAACCUUGUGCCCCAGGAAAUCUACGAUAUACAAUCUGCCUUCUACCCUACCAUCAAGGAAAAGUAUGGUGUACCCCUCGAUACGCGAAAUCCCUACUACACAAAGUCUGAUUGGGAGGUAUUCUGUGCUGCGGUAGCGAGCAAGGAGACGAGAGAUAUGUUCAUCGGGGAUCUCGCGAAGUGGGUGAACGAGACACCUAACUCCCAUCCUUUUACCGAUCUCUAUCAGACGAACGAUGGGACACAGCCUCCUGGUAUUGAUUUCAAGGCUAGACCGGUUAUGGGAGGGUUGUUUGCGCUGUUGUUGCUUGAUAGUGAGGGGUUUAGUGCGAGGAAGAGGGUUUUGUAG